UCUCUGGUUGUUAUUCGUCUAGUGACAGCUUCUUUGGAUAUUUGGUAAAUCGUGAUUGAAGCUCAUGAAUGAAGGCAGCAUAAAAAACAGAGAUGAUAUGGUAGUACAAUAACUAGUUAUGAACAAGUGGAUUUAGAGGUUUACAAUAGAGAGAUAAUGAAAUGCUGAAUAUUGGCGUGGACGGCUGUAGAUUUGUACGAUUUUUCUCCACUCGAAUCCUGAGUCGCUGGUUAAAUGGUGCUGAUAAGGUCUAAUUUUGGGACAAGACCAAAAUGGAAGCAGGAACCUGUUACGUCGUUAUGGAAACCUCUAAACACAACAGCAGCGAUGCAGAGGAGAAAAAUGACUCUUGUUAUGCUGCCGCUGCAGAUGAUGACGAUGAUGAUAAUGAUGAUGUGUAUCUUGUCAAUGAUGAUGAUGAUGAUGAUGAUGAUGUUAUCUAUCAGGAAUUUGCGGAAUUGGACUUCUUCCAGUUACCAGACUCCAAAAGCAUCGUGUCAGACGAUUCUUUCUAUCCACCUGACAAUUCAGUCACCUCUCAGAGAUCCCCAACCCCUGAGGGUCCAGAGACGCUUACGUUUUUCAUGGCAUGCUCCAGCAACAAUGCCAUCAUAGUCAAAAUUAUGAUCAGGCAAGGAGUCAGUAAAGAAGAAGUUCGAGAAGUGGAUAAAAACAACAGGACAGGUCUGAUUGUGGCGUGUUAUCAAGGUUAUGUGGACGUCGUCAUCGCUCUCUCGCAGUGUCCAUACGUGGAUGUGAACUGGCAAGACAAUGAGGGCAACACAGCUCUCAUGACAGCUGCACAAGCAGGUCACAUUAUGAUCACCAACUUUUUACUGAACUACUACACCGGGGUGGAUAUUGAACUCAGAAACUGUCACGGCUUCACUGCUGUUAUGAAAGCAGCCGUGCAGGGCCGUGCCAACUGCGUCCGAGCCCUUAUGAUGUCAGGUGCGGGUCUCGACGUGAGGGACUACGGGCGUAAGCUGACGGCGCUCGAGUGGGCACUUUUCACAGGCCGCUAUGAGACAGCGUGGAUGAUGCAGAGGCUUAUGGCCCGGCCGUGUGCCGAGCAGUUCUGCGAUUCAUUCCGCAUGGAGUGGCCCAUGUUGUCUCAACUGGUGCGCCAGGCACAGGAGCCCCGACCGUGCUGGAGGAAGGUGUCGGAGGGCAUGUGUGGCAACUUUAACCUUGGAAUUAGGUCGGAGCCUCUGGAGGAGGGGGCGCUAGACUACAUGGUACGUCUGACUACAGCGCUGGCAAGUCCACUUGUGGCAACUGCCUGCAGCACAGUAUGCCCAGGGAGCCCACCAUGUGUAGGCAAACAUCGACCAGCUGUCCCAGAUAUCCUGCGGGACAAUGAAAAGCGGGCAGAAGAUCUUAAAUGCCCAGAGAACUAUACGCGUCUCUUCCAAAACGGUCGAAUGCUGCUGGGUUUCAAGGAACAGGAACAGUGUGCCAACCUGCAAGUGCCAACGCUGCCAGAUGUGGUGUUGGCAUCCAGCAUGACACUGCGCAGAAACAGCCUGCUGCCGCUGUACAAGAUACGCAGGAGGAGCGUGUCACCCGGUCUGGUGGUGCCCAAAGUACGCCUGUGCAAGGCUCCACCACCGACCUACACACCUGAGAGGAACCGGUGCAGGAGCAAGAAUUCACAGUACCUGCAGGUUCCUAAGUGGAAAUACAAAGCAUUGAAGGAGGAGACGGAGCAGGGAAAGCAAAACAAAAAACUGGGACCUCCUAUCGUGAAGAAGAGAUGAUACAAACAUAGUCAUUGCAUGUGCUCUGUAAUGUCUUCCUCUGUCCCAUGGACUAUAUCAUCUUCCCCAAGAGAAGCUGACUGCUGUAAACAUUAAGAUAUAAUAUAUAGCAGAAAUUUCA